GACAGGUAUAGAGGACCCAGAGAAAAGCAAAAGAGAGGUUGGACUGUGUUUUUGGACAUACAGCUCAAGAAGGGAUGCUGUGAGGACAACUGGCAAAGUGAUGGAGCUGGAAGGCAGGCAGGCACCGUUAGUCAGGAUGGACGAGCAAGACAGAAUAAGCCAAGCAUCCAGCGUGGCCACAAUCUCCUACUUCCCUGUCAUAAGGCAGGAAAGUGAUGGAAAGGUGCAAACAUUUGGGAAAAGAUGCCAGGCGGCCAAAAGAGACCCCAACUGUCUUGUGGUCAUCAGAGGAUGGCUCAACAAAAAAGACAGUGCUGGUUUGAAAUUAUGGAAGAGAAGAUGGUUCGUCCUCUCCAACUACUGCUUGUUUUACUAUAAAGACAGCAGAGAAGAAUCAGUGAUGGGUAGCAUUCCACUUCCGAGCUACAAAAUCUUAUUCUGCACACCACGAGAAUGCAAAAACAGAAAGUUCACCUUCAAGGUGGUACACCAGGGAAUGCGUACCUAUUACUUCAGCGCUGACACACAGGAGGACAUGCUGGGUUGGGUCCGAGCUCUCAGUCAGUCUGCUUCCAUGGAGACAGACAGUUCUAUGAGCAGACGCUGCUCAAGUUACCAAGAUUUCACUCAGAUGGGUGGCAGCAGUGAAUCAGUAGACCUCCCAAAGUCCCCCUCAGAUGGAGAGGGUUUGUCCCAAAAUCCCAGACACGUCAGCAGAACUCUGAGUGAACCGAGCCAACUCAGAGGAGGGCGUAUCGGGACGUCUAGCACGGAGCAGAGGGGAAGGAGGAGUGGACAUCAGAAGAACAGAAGCCCUUCAGCUAGAACUCCGAGCCCUUGGGGUCCAAAUCGGGAAGGCGAUUCCCUCCCCUUCAGCUCGGACCACAUCGAAGCACCGACACAAGCAGAAACCAUAGGAACAGGUCCCUCAACCUCCAGAGGUCAGCUGGGGUCACGCCCUCACACGCCAGUGGGAAGGGUUGACAUUCGACCGCAGGAUGACCUGUUCAUUGUGCCGGACACGCUGUACUACACACCUGUCUCGCCUAAGAUGGACUUCAAAUCCAAUUCCAGCACUCCACUCACAGAGAGGUGGCAAAAUGUAAAGAAGCCUACACCUACAUAUGGAUCUGUGCAUCAUGUCCCCAAUGGGCGAAGACCUCCAGGAAAGAGCUACUCUACAGGGGCCCACACAGACUUGUUGCCCCCUUUGCCACCCUCAUCCAGGGCUGCACAAGUACACCACCUGCCUCACCAUCACCACCCUCCCUGCAGUGUCCCAGCGGUGCACGUGCCACCAAAGUCCGAACCGACGCCAUCAAUCAGGCUGAUUGAAAGUGAUGCUGAUGCUGUGCUAACAAGGUUGUGUGGCUGCGACAAGCUUCUACAGUCUUUGUCCGUAGAACUGUCUCAUCUCCAAAUGGACAAGGACAGUGUACAGUGUGCUUUAGAGGUGUUGAGGUUGCAGCUGGAGGACUGGAACAGCCAAGGACCACGAGCGCAGGAGGAAGCCCUGACGCAGAAGGCCUUGCUACAGGAAGAGCUGGUCACAAUACGAGCCCGAAUGUGUGAUGUAUCAUUGGAAAUGGAGCGGGUGUGGAGUCAGUAUGAGAGAAUGGAAAGUGAACUUUCUGUGUUUCGCUCACACCUGCAGCACAUUUGUAACUUUGGGUUGCCGCAGGAGCAGUCUCAGGCCCAGAGAGAGCUAUGGAUGAUGGAGGACAUCCUCGCUGGGUUAAAGGUCAACAGGGAUCACUUCCACUUCCUCCUAAGACUCCAGAGACACCACAUGUUUGAAUCCUCAGGGCCUCAUCCUGGAUCUCCUGGUUCUCCCAAAGAGAUGCCUCAUGGUCUGCCAAUAAAUGUGGAAGAACAACCACCGGUCCGCCCUCCUUUACCACAGGAGCUACAGGAAAGCAUCCAGAGCAGGAACCAAGACCGAGGCUGGACAGAGUCAUCAUAUGAGGGGAUCUACUCGCUCACUGAUCACAAAAGAGGCAAAUGCCAACCUGACCUCCGUAAUGUGAAAGCACACAAGGAUGUAACCGCAUGUCAGUCAAAUACUAAGUGGAUCACAGCAGAUGCAACAGCCCAGUCAACCAAGAAGAUGAAGAUGAGUGAGGAGGAGCAGAUGGAGAGGAUGAAGAGGAAUCAGGAGAGGAUGACUAAUAGGAAGAAACCUCCUAUACCCUCAGCAGCUGCAAGGAGCCAAAGUCAAAGUUUGGAAACACAAGAGGAGGCCCCAUUUCCUAUAAGGAUGACAAGAGUCAUCACGGCUGUGCUGCCGUCCUCCCUUGUGGCUCGGCGGGUUUCCGUGGAGGAUCCCCCGCCCGAGCUCAGCACCCCGCUGCCUGAGCAGGUCUCACCUGAUUUCCAGAGCAAAAAAAACAGACCAUCCAGCAGGCCCACUAGGCGAUUGCUGCUCCCAGAAAGCGCUGAUCAAGGCUCUGAGGAAAGGUGUCUUGCGAUGAAGGCAGAGAGACUGGCAUCCAGGAGCACCAAGCUGGAGUCUGCUGCUGUUAUGGAGACCUCAAGGAUGCAUGUUUGUCACCCAGCAGAUGGAAGUAUUAGCUCUGAAAUGAAGCAGGCGGAUGAACAGACCUCUGCCCUCCUGACCUCUGACAUGGCUCCUGACCUCUGUAUGACCCCAGAGCAGCGGGAAGCCAAACUCAGGCGUGUGGAAAGAAUACGCCAGCGAGUCAUACAUAGUGCAGUCAGAGAGAGUGCUACAUCACAAAUCAAGGAGGAGGGGCUUCUCCAUGACUCCCAUGACACAUCUGGAAAACAAAGAUCAACAUCAGAUCAUGACUCUACCUGCCAUUUGAAGACCUUCAAAAGUUCCCUGAGUUAUGUUCCUGCAGACCCUACAUCUCGAAAUGAAGAUAAACAAAAUGCACAUGUUGACAAUGUAAACAGUCCAUUAAAGUUUGGGAGCAGAACACAACACAAAAGUCACACACGUAGGGCCGGAGUUGCUACCAAAAUCAAACGGCCACCAUCGCCACAUCACAUCACGUCUAUGACGUUCUAUCAGACAGAUGGAGGAAAGGGCUUUGUAAACUACAAGGAUGAAGAGCAGCAACAGACUCAUGAACCUGAUGGUGGUGAUGGUGAUGAUGAAGAAAGGAGUAUUUCAUCAUGUGAUUUAAGAUCCAAGUGGUUCCUUUCCACCAAUCAUCACCAUGAAUUCCUACCCUUGCACAUCCCUGACAUUGACUUCUGCUCUGAGGGGACAGGUAAGGAGGACCAACCUGUUUGUUUGGAUGAUUGCAACUUGAUGUCCUCCACAGUCAGUCAGAGCUUAGAGAAAAUGAAAGAAAACCACUCGCUCUUCUAUAAGAUCGCUUGUGACAUCAGCAUCUCGGACACAGACAUCACCAAGAAUGAUUCCUGCAUAUCCCCUCAGCUGGGAAAUGAAGAGGAGCUUUUCAUCACGGAAUGCAUGGUUGGAAGAACAUCUGAUCAGGAGAGAAAGGACCUCAUCCAAGGGUUGCCAGAUGAAAACAGUCACUCAAAUGAGGACAAAGUGACCACAGAGGAAGUACUCAAGCUGAACAGUAAAGAAAGUAGAUCUCCUGAUCAGGCCUUGGAAUGUGACAGAGAGGAGAACGGUGGGACCAAAGAGCCCGAGGAAAGGGGUGAGGAGAACCAAGAGACAAACAACGGUGUCAGUCGGCGCGCCUCUUUCCAAAAGGCAAAGGUGACCGUUUUAAGGACCAGUUUGUAGAGGGAGAUGAAUUGAUCUGCUCAUGGGAAUGCAGGAUGACGACUAAAACUGACUUGGAUGAGUUGGAUCAAGGGAAGAUAAGGUACACUGUCAAGAAUAUGAGGACUGAGGGUGUUCAUUCCUAUAAAAUCAGUUGGUGCUGGUGAUAUGCACUGCUACCAUUUCUCUGACUGGUGGGUGACCAAAUCCAGGUCCACUGUAGGACAUCCGACCAGAACUAACCAACUGUCACUUUCUUUUUCAAUUGUCCUGUAUAAGAUACCACACGAUCAACACACACUCUUCUAUCAACACUGUUUAAAUAUUAGUCAAUGACAACACAACUGAAUACAAAAUGCAGUUUUUAAAUGAAAUAUUUUAUUAUUAAGCGAAAAAGUGCAUUCUUAAAGGGAUUGCUGCUAAGAGGUGGAAAUUUAAAAUAUGUUUUUUUUAAUCCGAUUCAUCGAUUCAUCAAAAAAAUAAUCGACUGACUAAUCAGUUAUUAAAAUAAUCGUUAGUUGCAGCCCUGGAAAAUACUCUGUGGUCUGACCAGACAAAAGUUUAACUUUUUGAAAAGUGUGUGUCCCAUUACAUCUGCCGUGAAAGUAACGCCACAUUUCAGAAAAAGAACAUUAUACCAACAGUAAAAUACAGUGGUGGUAGUGUGAUGGUCUGGGGUUGUUUUGCUGCUUUAGGACCUGGAAGACUUGCUGUGAUAAAUGGAACCAUGAAUUCUGCUGUCUACCAAAAAAUCCUGAAGGAGAAUGUCCGGCCAUCUGUUCGUGACCUCAAUCUGAAACCAACUUGGGUUCUGCAGCAGAACAAUGAUCCAAAACACACCAGCAAGUCCACCUCUGAAUGGCUGAAGAGAAACAAAAUUAAGACUUUGGAGUGGCCUAGUCAAAGUCCUGACCUGAAUCCUAUUGAGAUGCUGUGGCAUGACGUUAAAAAUGUGGUUCAUGCUGGAAAACCCUCUAAUGUGGCUGAAUUACAACAAUUCUGCAAAGAUGAGUGGGGCUAAAUUCCUCCACAGCGCUGUAAGAGACUCAUUGCAAGUUAUCACAAACGCUUGAUUGCAGUUGUUGCUGCUAAGGGUGGCCCAACCAGUUAUUUGGUUUAGGGGGCAAUCACUUUUUCCACACAGGACCAUGUUGGUUUGAAUGUUUUGUCUUCCUUAAUCAUAAAAAGUUUCAUUUAAAAAUUGCAUUUUGUGUUCAGUUGUGUUAUCAUUGACUAAUAUUAAAAUUUGUUUGAUGACUUGAAACAUUAAAGUGUGACAAACAUGCAAAAAAAAAAGAAAUCAGGAAGUGGGCAAACAAUUUUUCACACCACUGUAUACUUUAUAAAUGCAAGGUAAAUAGAUAUUGUAUAGCUAGUUGCAAUUUAAAAAAGCAUUAAAUAUCAAAUGGCACAGCAUUCAAUAUGUUAAUUCACCCUGACUGUUGGCAUAAGAGGUAACAGUGAACAACCAAGUCAAACAUACAUUCAAAUUGCUAUAAAACGCGCACUAGGCUUAUACUGCCCUCUAGCGGUGAAAAGGGUCAAUGGCGGCAUGACCUAUUUGCACUCUUCGGCCUAGUCCACACGCAACACUCCUGAGGGAGUUUUUUUUUCGCCGGUUGAAAUAAAAUUGGCGUCUAAACUCUGCCAGAUUAGUAAAUACUUGCAUCCAGACGAGAACGGAUCACUGAGUGAAAACGAUGUAAUACACAAGGCACGCCUACGUGUGACUCUGAGGACACCCCAUAUCGAAAUGACAUUUGUGGCAGCCCCUCUGGGCUGUACUCAACAAUGUUUUGAGUACAUGUUUACAUUCAACAAAUGUAACAAAAACUUACCACCAACCAACAUAUGCUCAAAACCAAACCCCCCCCCAAAAAUGUUUCUGCUACAAAAAUGUGAAGUUUUCAUAACGUUUUGGGAACCAAAAAUGGCAAGCUGGGUGUCCUCAAAGUUGUAUGAUCAUUCGACAAAUGGUCAAUGACUUAUGAGGAAUUACUUUCUGAGUUCCAAAGACAUUUUGAUUGGUGGAGGCAAAGUUUUUCGACCACAAGAUCAAUACACACUCUUUUAUCAACACAGUUUAAAUAUUAGUCAAUGAUAACACAACUGAAUACAAAAUACAGUUUUUAAAUGAAAUAUUUUGUUAUUAAGCGAGAAAAAACCCCCGACAUGGCGCUGUCUGAAAAAGUGCAUUCUUAAAGGGAUUGCUGCUAAGAGGCGGAAAUUAAAAAUGUGUUUUUUUUUUAUCCAAUACAUUGAUUAAUUUGAAGUCCUUGUACCUCACAAUGUACAAUAAUGUGCUUUUCUGAGUGCAAAUAGGCAUCGCUUUUAGUAAACUGUCUCCAUCAUACAUGAAAGAUGAACACAUGCAAGUCACGCAGAGGUGAAUGCCUUUAAAAUAAAUGUCCUGUGUAAUUUUGCAUAGCAACAAAGGUGGUGUGUAACAACAUGUGCUUGUUUUUGUAUCUUAAACGUCCCUAUUAAUAAA